GGUGAGAAUACAGGAGAUGGUGAAUUAGAUCUGAGUGGGAUCGACGACAGUGAAAUCGAUCGGUAUAUACUUAACGAAACAGAAGCUCAGAUAAAAGCAGAGCUAUGGAUGAAAGAAAACGCAGAUUAUUUGAAGGAACAAAAAGAAAAGGAAGCAAGAAUAGCAAAAGAGAAAGAACUUGGGAUUUAUAAGGAACACAAGCCAAAGAAAUCUGCAAAGAAGCGGGAGCCAAUUCAAGCCAGCACAGCAGGAGAGGCAAUUGAAAAGAUGUUAGAACAGAAGAAAAUCUCAAGUAAAAUUAAUUAUAAUGUGCUAAGGGACCUGAACAGCAAAGGAAGUAACACACCAAAGAAAGAGGAUGACAGCACUGAUGACAGCACCAACACCAAGAAGCUGUCAAGAAGAAAAUCUAUUGCCAGUAGGAAUAUCGCCAACCCUGUAAACAGUGUGGGAAAAAGAUUAAGACCCUUGAUUUCAACACAGCUUGCUAAAAAGGCUGCCACUGAAGAGGUAACCUUUCCAAAUGCACAAGCAGAAGCCCCUGACUUAGAAAAACCAGCAGCUGUGCUAGUGGAGAGUGGCCCAGUAGCUUAUAACCCUGACGAAGAGGUGGAAGAGGAAGAAAUAGAAGAAGAUGAUGAUCACUGCAUGAGCGCUUUGCAGUUAAUGGGAGGAAACGAUUAUGGCUGUGAUAUGGAUGAUGAUGAUGGCUAUUAGUUCCAUUUACUUCCAAAGGACAUGGACUGUGUCUUGUUCCCAGCAAAUCUUCAGUCUUCAAACUGUAUGAGUAGUGAAAGAAGCUGUCUGUGGUCAGCAAAUGUAAUCGAACAGUCCUUACUUUUGUAAAGCGAAUUUUAGGUUGGCGUUGACUCUGGUCAGUUUAUAUUGACCCAUAACCCAGCAAUAAAGUUUGGGUUUGUACUUGAAUUUUUUUUAAUUUUGGUGGAUCAUGGUUUGAGGAUGAAAUUAAUGGGAGUAGUUUCUAGAGAACAAAAGAAAAGAGGCAAAAUAGACUGUGU